AAAGUACCAUCACUUUUAAAUAUUGAUAUAAAAAAGAAAAAAUUCUCACUCGCCGGUCACAUUUUAUUUACUCUUCAAAAGCAAUAUUAUUAAAUUGUGCGUUUACGAUUACGACAUAACUGUUGAAGUAUGAGUCUCAGGCAAUUUCAGACCAUUACCCGCCAGGCCUUCAGGGGCUAUUCAAGCAGGCGCUCCUCCUUCACACCCACCGCCCUCAAGUUGAGUCAGGGCCAAAGGCAGAGCCUGCGUUUCUGCUCCGUCCUGCUGCCCGUCAGCUGUGCGGCCAGUAUCGCACCCGCAUCCGCCACGUCUGCCGCCUCGUACUCCACAGCAGCAGCCAUCGACAUGUCUGCUAACAACGAUUACAAGAACGCCGCCUCGAUCUACGAGUUCACCGUGAAGGAUACCCAUGGCAACGAUAUCUCCCUGGACAAGUACAAGGGCAAGGUGUUGCUGGUGGUCAACAUUGCCUCCAAGUGCGGCCUGACCAAGAACAAUUACCAGAAGCUCACUGAUCUGAAGGAGAAGUACGGUGAAUCCGGUUUGGUCAUCCUCAACUUCCCCUGCAAUCAGUUUGGAUCCCAGAUGCCGGAGGCCGAUGGCGAGGCUAUGGUGUGCCAUUUGCGUGACUCCAAGGCCGACAUCGGUGAAGUCUUCGCCAAGGUCGAUGUGAAUGGCGAUAGUGCCGCCCCGUUGUACAAGUAUCUGAAGGCCAAGCAGACCGGUACCCUGGGCAGUGGGAUCAAGUGGAACUUCACCAAGUUCCUGGUGAACAAGGAGGGAAUUCCCGUUAACCGCUAUGCCCCAACCACCGACCCUAUGGACAUAGCCAAGGACAUUGAGAAGCUACUGUAGGCCCUCAUUAGCUUGUUAAGCUGUCUUAUUAUGCCUGAGACUGUGUUUAUCGCGUAGCUUGUAGCUUGUAACCAACAAGCCAGUUCACCCAGUAAUACUGUUGUGGGCUGACCACAUGCACCGCAUGUUAUAUUGUAUACUAUUGUCUACUCUAUUUACUGGUUUUUGACUCCCACACCCCCACAAAAGAUAACAAUAAACGCCUAUUUAUCCCACACACA